UGCCCUUUCGUACCAGUCAAGAUUAAGCUUUUGAAGCUCAUCAAUGGCUACUCCACAACAGAAUCAACACCCUAACCCUAAUUCUCAAAGCAGAUCUCCGGAGCCAUCUGCCCCAACUGUUAACCAGAGAACGGGUCAGAUUGCCCCUCUCGAUGCCGAAAGAAACCUUCCUGAUCGCCAGUUGCAGAGUGACUGGCCCCAUUACACAAACCGCAUAACGCUUCUUUUCUUUCUCCUCCAUCUCCUUGUAGCCUUUGUCCUAACUUUCUACCUAGCUGUCCGAUCGAUCAUCGCCGCCUCAAGCAGCGGUUUCCAGCUCCUCAAUUGGUACCCCCAGCUCCUCACCACGGCUGCGGCCUCCGUUAUCUUCUCAUACCCAUGGCUAAUACUAACCCUAAGACGUCCUCUCAUCGCCAUCAAAGCGUGUCUCUCUUUAGCCCCAUUCCUAACUUCUGCCUUUGCCUUCAUACUUCUUGGCUCGUCCACGGUAGCAGGGGGCGUGUUGGGUGGCAUUGCCCUCUUCGCCGCCAUUUGCAUGUCCCUCUAUGGUUGCUAUGUUGCUCCAAGAAUCGAUUUUGCCUCAUUGAUCAUUGGGAAAUCCCUCUCUUCUGCUGAACCACAUGCCGGAAAGCUGGUCUCUCCGGCCAAUCCAUACAUCGGAAUUUCUAUUUUGGUCGGAAUCUUAUGGUCGGUUUUCUGGGUUACCGGCCUAGUUGGCGGAGCCAGCAUGAAACACUCUGCCCUCUAUCUCUUGGCCUUGUGCGUUAGUUAUUAUUGGACCAUGGGUGCCCUUCGAGCCGCCUCGGUCGUGGCCUUGUCACGUGUUAGCGGGAUAUACUUCGCGCGUGGCAACGAGGUGGGGGCCCGAGAGGCCUUCAUAUGGGCCCACACCAAGUGGUUUGGAAGCGCAUGUUUGGGCGCGCUAUCUGAGCCAUUUGUUUGCGUGAUGAGGUUGAUCGCACGUGUGGCGAAUGCAGUAGAGCAAGAAGAUGAGUUCUUGUUCUCGUGUGCUCACUGCUGCUUGGGGGUCACUGCACGUGUCAGAACGAGGGCGAGCGUGUGGGGCUACACACACAUCGGCAUGCACGGUAAAGGGUUUGUGCAGGCAUCGGAGGACACGUGGGUGGCGAUCGAUGCGAGGGGGAUGGGGCCGACGGUGGAGGGGGAGAUGGCGGGGGCGGUGUGGUGGCUGGCCGGUGUGGCCAGCGGAGCUGGGUGCGCUGUGUUGGUCGGAGGGUGGACGCUCGGCGUGGACAAGGAGAUUGUGCCAGCAGUUGCAGUGUUUGCCUUCUUCACUGGUUACUCCAUGACUCGCAUAGCAUUGGCAUUGCCUCAAGCCUGCGUGUGCUCCUACUACGUCGCCUUUUUGGAGAACCCGGAGAGCCCUGUCUUCGACGAAACCAUACCUGACCGCAUCAAACUCUUCCAACCCUCGUUCCGUGUCUAAAUAAUCUAUUUAUUUAUUUUUUCACGAUCUCUUGCUUAAUCCUUUUUCAUCAAUUUCACUCUCUUUCUCUCUCUAUCCUUUUCACUCUCUCUCUCUCUGUCUCUAUCCUUUUCAUUUUUCUCUCUCUAUCCUCAAUUUCACUCUCUUUUCCCUCUCUACCCUUUUCAUUUUCUCUCUCUCUCUAUCCUCAGUUUCACAAGAUUGGCAGGAACCAUUCCCGGUCACCUUAAAAUUUUGACCCGAUCUUUUCUUUGGGGGUUGGCAAGUCUAUCCGAACCACGCCGUGGUAUUCUUUAAGGAAUAGCAUCUCAACUUGUAAAUUUUUAAUUUUUUUUUUUCCUAUUUUUUAUAUUUUUUGGAAAAGGUCAAAUAUUGUGUUUGAUCACCAUCGAAAUGUGUUAGGUUGUUAUUGACGACGACUUGUGUAUAGUACAUGUAAUGCUUGGGGAUCACGAUGGUGAUGAAAGGCAAAUUACCAAAAGACCGCGACAGUGGUAGACAAAUGAUCUUGUCAAUUCCUUCUUUUGUU